AUGGUUUAUGUCGAAUGCCUUGUGCACGAGGAUGAUGAAAUCGGGCGGCUGCUCGUUGGAGCAAAGAUGAUAGUCGCGCCGGCAAACCGGUUGAAAAGUGCAUGCGCGGCCAUCUUCAGACGGUUGAUCCCAAAGCAUGUGCUCCUGGGCAUCACACGACGAAGUAGAGCUCUUUUAUGCGCGCGGCUCGCGCCGGAGCUCCUGCUGGCGUCGACGGAGUACAACGCGCGGGUGGGCACGUGGGCGCUCGGGUGCAUCAUGGCCGAGCUCCUCGCCGGCGCGCCGCUGCUGCCCGGGAGGUCGGAGAUGGACCAGCUGAACAGGGUGUUCGACACGGUCGGGACUGACGAUAUGACGGGCUGGCCCGGCUUCUGCCGGCUCGCCGCUCUGCCAGCGCAGCAGGCCGCCCAGCCGGCUCUUGGAGAUGUUCCCUGA